AUGCUGUUCCGGCGAAGCGACAACGACACCAUCGUCCGCGACCGCAAGGUCUCCGAGGAUGAGAUGUCCGACGAGAAGGAAAAGGACGAGUUCACUGUCCUCGUCGAGCAGGAGAAGGACCACGACAUCAAGUACCGCACCCUCUCCUGGAAGAAGACAGCCUAUCUCCUCGUGUGCGAGUACUUCGGCCUUGCCUCUAUGGCGUUGCCGUGGUCCUUCUCCGUCCUCGGCUGGGGCACCGGUAUGACUGUCCUGAUAGUGGCUGGAAUGGUUACUUGGUGUGAGUACACUGUGGAGUGGAGCGGCCGACUGCCUGCUCACACUGCACGAGCGAGCAAACCGGGCUUCUGCAUGAAGCACCCCGGCAUGCGCGACAUCGGCGACGUUGCGGCGAAGCUGUUCCCGGCUUUCCCGCGGACGGCGCGCGAGAUCUCGAGCGCGAUGCUCAUUAUCAACUCGGUGCUGACUAUGGGAUACCACAUCUUCACGGGUGGCAAGAGUGAGUCUCUGCCCCACACUGGUCUCGUGACCGCUGUCAAACCGCUACCACCCGUCCGAACAGCCAUGUGGAGGACCUCAGUGGCUCUUCUCUACGCUGGCCGAUGGCCGCGUAUGCACCGUCGUGUGGCAGGUGAUCACGAUGGCGGCGUCGAUUCUCUUUUCGCUCCCCCGUCGCCUCGACCACGCGAGUUUGAUCGGCACCUCGACCACCCGUACCGCGGCUACGGAGGACCGGACGGCCUGACGGAGUACCCUGGACUUGGACCCGUCAAGACCCACGCUGGUUUCCCGAACCCCAACUUAGGCUUCAUUGAUGGCUUUAACGCUGUGCUGAACAUCAUCUUCGCCUGGAUCGGCCAGCUCCUCUACCCCUCCUUCAUCAACGAGAUGCGUGACCCGCGCGAGUUCCCCAAGGCGCUCGCCGUGCUGACUGGGUGUGAGAUCAUCUUCUUCGUCCUCAUGUCCGUCAUCGGCUACUACUACCUGGGCCAGUACGCUCAGGCACCCUUCAUCGCCUCGCUGCAGGAGCCCUGGAUGCGCAAGGUUGCUUACGGCCUUGCGAUCGUGCCGACCAUCAUCAUCGGCGUGCUCUACUCCAACGUCACGGUCAAGUGCGUGUACAGCCGUAUCUUUGGCAACACGCGCCACAACCACUCGCACACCUUCCUUGGCUGGGGAGCGUGGAUCGCCGGUAUCACGAUCUACUGGGUGCUUGCGUUCAUCUUUGGAAACGUCAUUCCCUCACUCGGUGACUUCCUCUCGCUUCUUUGUGCGCUGUUCGACUCGUUCUUCGGCUUCAUCUACUGGGCCGUGGCGUACUGGCACCUGUACCACCGCCAGGGCUUCUUCACGAGCCCGCGGCGCACGGCCGAGACGUUCCUGAACAUUGUCAUCUUCCUCUUCGGAUGGAUGAUUCUCGGCCCUGGUCUCUGGACUGCCGUCUCGGCGAUCAUCAAGGACUACUCUGGUCCGGUUGCGAAGGCGUUCAACUGUGCCGCGAACCAGCUCUAA